AUGUCACUCGAAAUGCAGGGCUCAGGAAGAGAGUGUUGGGAAAACUCUCAUAUGGAUCUGUGCGAUCCUUACUCUCGCGAGUAUCUCGCUCAAAGAUCUGUCGAGCGAGAGACUGAACGCACCGACAGGCGCGCACUGUAUCCCGCUGACCAGGGAAUCAUCUACACAGAAGCACAACCCAGUUUAAGCGAAAGCGAGUUUGGUCGUGUAGAUCCUACUGGCUGGUAUCCACACUACAAGGAUUGUGUACAAUACUUUGUUGAUCGCAGUCAACAUACGUCUCCAGUUCAAUCCGUGGCUGCUUUUAUCAAUAUCCGUCUACCAUGCCAGUCUCCUCCGGCUCCGAGUCCAGAGUCUACGCAACCCAGUUCUUAUGUUUCUCUUCGACCUUAUGUUCGACGUCUGAUUGUUACUGCUCAAGAUUCACCCGCUACCAUGCGUGCUUUCUUUGGUGAGAAUUGGGAAGCUGGUGUGGGGUGUAUCUACAAGCAAGAGCGCAUCAAUUACCUCUUUACUGCAAAGAGUAGUGGAUGGGCUGAUACCAAAAUUGCCUAUGACAUGUUACCGGAUGAGCAGACACCUUUCUUACGCCCACUUCGGGACCCAUCUGAAGAGGAGAUUCGGGCAGCAGAGGCUAGAUGGAGUGAAUGGCUUGCGAUGGAGGAUUGGAUGGUGGGGGCCCGGAGCCCCUGGUGA